CACCAAUUUUGUGCCGACUGGUCGUUUAGUUUAAAGAGUAUUUAGGGAUGGAGUUGUUAUUUGGUCUGGUGAAUUAACUAAAAACCAUUCUUUAUGACAUCGAAAAUGUAAGCUAAUAAAGAAGAAAAAAAAUUUCAUUGUAAACCGUUUUUUCCUCUGGCCUGUUAUUUUUAAUUUAAAACAGAACAAUGUUUGGUUAUGAUUGAACCGUAUACAAUUCUUAGCAGGGGUUCAAACAAAUGAAAAAAUUCCAUUUUGAUGGAUAAAAAAAAAUGUUUUUAUAAGUGUUGAGAGAUUGUUUUGAGGGCCGGUGAACCUUAACAGCUAGCGGCUAGCCUCUAAACAGCUGUCUCAUCCGGCACGGCGACAUCUUGGAAUUCAACUGUUCCGCCUUGAUUUUGUGUUUAUUUGGUACAGUGUUUAAUUUCGACCGAUUCGUCAAGGUAUUCGCCAGUUCCAGGCCUGAACGUAAAAAUUUCCCACACACGUUAUUCUUCGGAUUUAAUAGCCGUUUUAUACAAAACUGACCGGCAUGGCUUCUGCGAUGGACAUCGACGAGGAGGAAACCGAAGUUGGCAAUUCGAGUGCGACUAAAGGAGAGAAAAAGAGGUUCGAAGUGAAAAAGUGGAAUGCUGUUGCCCUUUGGGCUUGGGAUAUUGUUGUAGACAAUUGUGCUAUUUGCCGCAACCAUAUUAUGGAUUUAUGUAUAGAAUGUCAAGCUAAUCAGGCCUCUGCCACAAGCGAAGAGUGCACCGUCGCCUGGGGCGUUUGUAAUCACGCUUUUCAUUUUCAUUGUAUAUCAAGAUGGCUCAAGACGCGACAAGUCUGCCCCUUAGAUAACCGAGAAUGGGAAUUCCAAAAGUAUGGUCAUUAAUUAAUUAAAUAAAAAAAUACACUACACUUUUCCAGCUCAUCUCCUUUUAUCGACAUU